AUGCAAUCAGAGCCCAUCGCCGUGACUCAACGUCCUGACCCUGGCUCGCCUCCUGCAGAACCCCGUCUACCCUCCCAGAAUGGCUUUCAACGCAGUGGCGGUCUGGAAUCCAGCUCUCUCCCGCCAGGAGAUGGUGUCGGAGAAGCCGGUGUGGUGGUGAAUGGCGGGCUGGGUCUCCUCCGUCGAGGGAGUCCAGAUCGGUCGACUGCAUCGUCACCGUCCGUCGAUCGGAUCAGCCAGUAUGAGAAUGCGUGGACGGGCUCGCCCCGGAAGCCCGGGGAGGUGGGAUUCAGAGUGGUUGCUUCGUCAGGCAGGCCUCGACUGACGCUCGAGGCCUUCCCCAAUGAGGUUCUGACGCAUAUCCUAUCUCACUUGCCUCCGGCAUCGCUUUCGUCUGUCACACUCGUUUGUCGCCGCUUCCACAAUCUGGUAACAACCCCUCAUGCGUGGAGAAGCGCGUUCUCGCGCUAUUUCCCGGGUCCGUAUACGGUUGAGAAUGGGAGCCAAGCGCCAGCAGCUAUUGAAGCGGGUGACGUCGUUUCCGAUAAGCGUGUCUUUGCAAGGUUGACUGCGUUAGCCUCCUGGCGAAGCGAAUACAUCCUGCGGACCCGUCUCCUACGGUCGCUGGCUCGCGGGAAACCGACCCAAUUCCAACCUACGAAGAAGCAUGGCACGGUUCGAUCGGCCAAUGUGCGCAAUGGCAGCGCUAUUGUUACUUACACCUCGAACCUUCUCUAUCCCGUGAGCCACUUGCAUGGGUCCUUUGCCACCAAGAAGGCGCCGCUCUUCAUCCAUGGUGCUGUCGAACAGGGCAUUGCUUCCGCCAGCGAUCCGUCAACGGUCAAGGUCGGUACGUGGGGGUUGUCUGAUCACCAGAUGUUCCGUCACUUCGCGGACCUGUUCCCUGGUGAUGCCGAGUACGGUCUGGGGGCCGGAGACAUCGUCGGCCAGCCCAACUGUAUGGACGUCAGCCAGCCGUUUGGUAUGAUCUACGGCGAAGGGUGUCCGCAAGGACGAAGCUACUUCAUCUUGUCAGCGGAACACCGAGGUCGGUUUCUGAGUGUCUCCGACACUUCUUCGCAGCCGGAACUAGGUAUCCCGGCCUUGAACAUGAUCACCCACUCGACCACCGCCGUUUGGAUCGCCAAGACUCCUCAGAUUUUGAAGAUGUCCGGUGGCAUGAUCGCCAUGUUAGCUGGCUCCUCGUCAGGCGUGCUCUCCGCCUACUCGCUUGGCCCACAUCCAGCCUAUGAAAGACGGUACGAGCGUGGCCAGGUCACGGCGCGAUGGGUUUUGAGUCCCGGUGUGCCUAUCAUUGGAAUCGCAGUGGACGACUCUUACUCCACCGCACGACAGGCACGUCGUCGUAUCUUCGCGGUUGUUCUCAACGCGUUGGGCGAGGUCUUCUACCUGACAGAUCUGCCGCAGCAGCCCCGGAACCUCCCAACGGGCCUGAGUGCAGAAAUUCUGGAUCAAAUGGCUUGGAAGACAGGACGUUCCGCUCGCUGGGAGCUUGUUGAACUCAGCAGGCGCAUCCCACGCCCCGACCCUUUCAAUCUUGAACCUGUGGACGGCAGCUAUAGCCCAAGGUCGUCGUCAGAUUCCAUGAAGCUCAGUGUCGAUCAAAUUGCGGCAGAGACCAAAGAUAUUGAACAAUACCUCAUGUUCAAACCCAAGCAUUUCCGAAAGGUCUGCGAGAGUUGGAACAUGAGAAGAGAUCUUCAGGUUGAUUUUGCCGGUGACGACGGCAAUGGAUCUGGCGAAUCGGUCACUGUCAUUACUCGCGGCACAGGUGAAGAUGAGAAGGCCUCCAUUCGGCGCUUUGCCAGGAAGUUGUCGCCUGUUGGUUCGGCACGUUCGUCUACGCCGGACGCAUUGCCCAGUAACGUAUCGAACUCCAUCUUCGGUGGCCCCGUCGGUGCACCAAGUAGUCUCCCAUCGUCGAGAGAUUCCAGUCACUUGGACGAGUUGUCCUCCUUGACCACAUAUUCGGAAUGGUAUAUCACUGAUUUUCAUUUUGGAGAUCGAAAGGGUGUACGCAUCACGACUACCGCUAUUGAUAUGUCCAUCUACUCCAUCUUAACGAUCGACGAGGAUCCUCUUCUAUCAAUGUCUGGGCGUUCUACCUCGUCAUCUGCCAUGUCCUCCCCAAUGCCUCACAUGAAACAAUCGUCCAGUUCGGACGUCCCCGGGCAGCGCGCGCGGUACCUCGCCGCGGGCACCGAUACUGGACAGGUGUUUGUGUGGGACUUGCGAGCCCCCUCGGCCCAGAACUCAGAAGUCAUCAACUCGGCCCCUCCACUCCGUGUCAUCCAAACCGACUCACCUCAAGUGUCCUGCGUCGCGCUGUCGUCUUUGUGUCUUGUCCAUGGGGGGAACGAUGGAUUGGUGCAAGCUUGGGAUCCGCUUGCCUCCAUCACAAGACCUAUCCGGACAAUGAAUUCCCGGUUCUCCUCGCGUGCUCGCCGUCGCUUGGUCCAAGCAGAAGCCUCCAUUCAGGGCGUAGGCAACAACUACUAUGCUGCAGGCGCGAUUAGUCUUGACCCUGACCCGACCGUGCUCCGCGGCAUGGUGUCUCUUGGCACACAUGUGCGCUACUGGUCGUACAGCUCUUCGGCGGCCGAUCAGUACAAGUCGAGCAAGCGUCGUUUCCGCCACUCACAGCGUGGGAGCAACUCUGACCCUGAAGGCCAACGAUUUAGCAACACGGGACGCGGUGCUCUACAGGACUUCAUUGAAGAUGAACGGAUCGAAAUGGAGCGGCAACGAGUGGCCGACGAAAAGGAACAGGCCCAUCUCAGCUCUCGUUUCGGGGUGGAUUUGCUAGGAGCGGACGCCACUGAGGAUCAGAUCCUGGCGUACGCGCGAUUACUCAGUGAAGAGACGUACACUAGCGACGUCCUGAAGCGUGGACAGAGCGUGGACUGCUCCGUGGCCAGCACCUCCCCAAGCGAUACAAUUGGACCGCAUGAUAGCCCGUUUGCGCCGGAAGCAUUCUCGUCCUCCUCAUCGCCCUAUCAGGAGACGGCCGAUCACCCGGACGAUGACGACGAUCUGGCAGAAGCCAUCCGCCUCAGUCUGCUGGAUGAGCAAUUGCCUCCUUUCGAGCCCUCGCCGUCGAUCCCCAUCAAGUAUGGCAAGGGUUACAAGGCUGCCGUCAGCCAGGACAGCAACGAUGGGGGGCAUGCGGAAAGCAGCAGGCAACAGGAGAUGGACGAUCUCGAGUUUGCGCUGCAGCUGAGUCUGGUCGAGGAACACAGCCGCAACCAAGCCGAGCAGACCGGCCACCAGGAAUUUCCCAUCUUGCUUUCCUCUGGCGACAACAAGGGCAAGGGGCGGGCAUUGUAG